AUGACUCGAUCAAUCUUCAUCCAUACUCUCUUGGCCCUCAGUGCCCUCACUUCAGUCCACGGCGCGAACUCUCCAGGCUGCGGCAAAAACCCUACUCUAGCCAAUGGCGUCCACCAGAUAAACGGCCGCGAAUACACCCUCAAAAUCCCCGACGACUACGACGCAAACAACCCAUAUCACCUCAUCUUCGGACUCCACUGGCGCGGCGGCAACAUGGACAACGUCGUCAACGGCGACAGCAUCCAACCCUGGUACGGCCUUGAAUCUCGGGCGCAAGGCAGUGCAAUCUUCAUAGCGCCCAAUGGCCUGAACGCCGGCUGGGCCAAUACCAACGGCGAAGACGUAGCGUUCAUCGACGCCAUUAUGGAACAAGUUGAGAGUGAUCUCUGUGUAGACCAGAGCUCUCGCUUCGCGACGGGUUUCUCCUGGGGUGGUGGAAUGAGUUACUCCCUUGCUUGCUCGCGGGCGAAGGAGUUCAGGGCUGUGAGUGUUUUGAGUGGUGGGGUGAUUAGUGGGUGUGAUGGGGGUAAUGAUCCUAUUGCUUAUUUGGGGAUCCAUGGUAUCAAUGAUCCGGUCCUUCCGUUCGAUGGGGGCGUGGAGCUGGCGGAGAGGUUUGUUGGGAAUAAUGGCUGCCAGCCAGCAAGCAUUGAGAAGCCUCAGUCUGGGAGUAACGGGUGGAAACGAACGGACUUUGAUGGCUGCUCUAAGCCAGUCUCGUUUAUUGCGUAUGAUGGCGGUCAUGAUGGUGCGCCGCUUGGCGUGCAAAGCUCGUUGGCUCCUGAUGCUACCUGGGAGUUCUUUAUGGCUGCUUAA